AUAGAUCGGGCAGGAGAACUUUUAACAGGAUCGGAGCAGAGCAGUGCGGUCUUUAAAUAUGCAAUAAUUCCUUAUUUUCUUCGUUUUUUAAUUAUUAUUGUAAUUGUCUACCUAAGUUAAAACGAGACUUUAUUAGUUCUUCUCGUCAGCAUAAACUCCACUCGUCUCCGUCAACUUCGACUCUUCUCAGGCUAGCAACUAGCUUAGCUUGCUAGUUAGCUUAGAGUGCUAACUAGCUUAGCUUGCUGGCUGCUAACAAAGACAGUGGGAUUUCAGCAGAGAUCGGCGACAGGAGUUGGCUUUGCUAAAAAUGGCUGAAAAGUGUUGCGAUUGUGUGAACAAUCAACGAUAGCGAGAGAGGUAGACGAGGAACUUUCUGGAACAAAAAGAGGAGAAGGAGCGACAACAGCUGGAGGCUGUUUUCAGGACAGAGCAGAAAUGGCAACAGCGGAGGAUGAAUGUCCCAUAACAAGAAGAUAGAGAAAGAGAAGAAGCUUAUCAACUACGGAGUCGGCACGAACUACAAAGGCGGACAAUUUUAUGCAGAUCCCAAAUACAGAUCAGCAAGUACCAGAAGACGUCUGUGAAGAAUAUCUGCUCCCUGAGCAGCAGGAGUGGACCUCCAGGAUGGAGCAGGAAGAUCUGCAGCCCCCUCAAAUUAAAGCGGAAGAGGGGGAGCCACAGACCCCUCACAUUAAAGAGGAAGAGGAGGAACACCGCAUCAGUCAAGAGGGAGAGAAUCUUAAAUGGCUGGAGGAGGUUGAUGUCACCACGAUGCCACUGACUGUUGUCAUUGUGAAGAGUGAAGAUGAUGAGGUCAAAGGUGAAAGUGAGGAGCAGAGAGAGGCGGAGCCUCCGAGCAGCAGCUCAACAGAAGCUCUUGGAGACCACUGUGGAGGAUCACAAGAGGACAAGCUCUUAGCUCCACUAUCAGAUAGUGAGGACACAACGUCACACUCUCCUGACACUGAUGAUGAAGGUGAUAAGACAUGUCACCAUGACAACGCACGCCUGACGUGUUCUCACUGCGACAAAACCUUUCAUCACCGUUGUAACCUGAAAAGACACUUGAGAAUACACACCGGAGAAAAACCCUACUCCUGCUCAAUCUGCCACCAAAGCUAUUGCGACCAGUCGACGCUCGCAAGACACAUGACCACACACACGGGAGAGAAACGUUUCGUUUGUUCAGUGUGCGGCAAGCGAUUUGCGAGGAAAUGUAGACUGCAAUCGCACACGAGAAUACACACCGGUGAAAGACCGUUUACCUGUUCAGUCUGCGGUAAGGGUAUUUCAGAAAAAGACAAGUUAAAAAUACACAUGAUAAUACACACCUGUGAAAAACCUUUCAUUUGUUCUGUGUGCGGUAAAGGUUUCGCACGGAAAUACAAAUUGAAAUCCCACAUGAAAAUACACACCGGUGAAAAACCCUUUCCCUGUUCGGUGUGUGGUAAAGGUUUUUCAGAAAACGACAAGUUAAAGAUACACAUGAGAAUACACACUCGGGAAAAGCCUUUCAUCUGUUUAAUGUGCAGUAAAGGUUUCGCGCGGAAAGACACGUUGAAAAUACACAUGAGAACGCACACCGGUGAAAAACCAUAUUCCUGUCCGUGCUGCAACGUAAGCAUUUGUGACCACCAAGCACUGGUAGCGCACAUCAGAAGACACACCGGAGAAAAACCUUUUACGUGUUCAGUCUGCGGUAAGGAUUUUAUUGAAAACAAACGUUUGAACCGACACAUGAAAACACACACCGGCGAGAAAGUGUUCAGUUGCGCUGUGUGUGAUGAGAAAUUCUCUUAUAAGUACCAGUUGCAGAAACACCAGUGCGCUGGUGAGAACAGCAGCCGCAAGUAAAAAUAGAAUACAAAGAUUUGCAAAUCCUUUUCAACUUAUAUUCAAUUGAAUAGACUUCAAAGACAAGAUAUUUAACGUUCGAACUGAGAAACAAGUUUUUUUUUUGCAAAUAAUCAUUAACUCAGAAUUAAAUGUUUGCUCAGGGGCAUUUUUACCACUGUGUUACAUGGCCUUUCCUUUUUAACAACACUCAGUAAAUGUUUGGGAACCGAGGAGACGCAUUUUUGAAGCUUUCCAGGUGGAAUUCUUUCACAUUCUUGCUCAAGUUGUAGAGUUUAAGUUGUUCAACAGUCCAGGGUUUUGUCGUGGUAUUUUAGGCUUCAUAUUGCACCACACAUUUUCAAGGCACUCCCGCACUCUUUUACUACGAAGCCACGCUGUUGUAACACGUGGCUUGGUAUUGUCUUGCUGAAAUAAGCAGGGGCGUCCAUGAUAGAGUAUGUUGGUUCGAAAACCUGUAUGUACCUUUCAGCAUUAAUGGUGCCUUCACAGAUGUGUAAGUUACCCAUGCCUUGGCCCCUAAUGCACCCCCAUACCAUCACAGAUCCCGGUAUUUCAACUUUGUGACUAUAACAGUCCAGAUGGUUCUUCCCUUCUUUGGUCCGGAGGACACAAAAAAGGAUUUGCAAAUCAUUGUAUUCUGUUUUUAUUUACCAUUUACACAACAUGCCAACUUCACUUGGGCUUUGUAAAUAGUAUAUACGAGUGUAACAUACAAUAAACAUGUUGCCUGUGAUGGUAUGAUUCGUUCUCAGACUUUCCUAGAAUUGAUUGAUUGAGACUUUUAUUAGUAGAUUGCACAGUUUAGUACAUAUUCCGCACAAUUGAGCACUAAAUGGUAACACCCGAAUACGUUUUUCAACGUGUUUAUGUCGGGGUCGACGUUAAUCAAGCAUAGAAGAAGCAUAAUAUUAUUUUACUUUGUCUUUUUAACGGGUGUGUAUUCUACAAGAUGGUUUACUCCAAAAAUGUGCAAGUUUAUGAAUAAUCUGAGUCUUGACGAUCAAUUUUUAUCAAUGAUUCCUUUUGUCUUUUGUAAAAUCUAUAUUGAUUUUGUGAUUGUUUUGUGUAUGCCCCCAGACAUUUAUGCAAUAAGCAAUGUGCGCUUCAAUGAAAAACUGGUUAUUUUACAUGUAGUUAAUUUCUGUUGAGUAUGUAUUUUGUUCUAUCAAUCAAUCAAUCAAUCAAUGUUUAUUUAUAUAGCCCCAAAUCACAAAUGCCUCAAAGGACUGCACAAAUCAUUACGACUACAACAUCCUCGGAAGAACCCACAAAAGGGCAAGGAAAACUCACACCCAGUGGGCAGGGAGAAUUCACAUCCAGUGGGACGCCAGUGACAAUGCUGACUAUGAGAAACCUUGGAGAGGACCUCAGAUGUGGGCAACCCCCCCCCUCUAGGGGACCGAAAGCAAUGGAUGUCGAGUGGGUCUAACAUGAUACUGUGAAAGUUCAAUCCAUAGUGGCUCCAACACAGCCGCGAGAGUUCAGCUCAAGCGGAUCCAAGACAGCAGCGAGAGUCCCGUCCACAGGAAACCAUCUCAAGCGGAGGCGGAUCAGCAGCGUAGAGAUGUCCCCAACCGAUACAGGCGAGCGGUCCAUCCUGGGUCCCGACGAGUGGUCCAUCCUGGGUCUCGACUCUGGACAGCCAGUACUUCAUCCAUGGUCAUCGGACCGGACCCCCUCCACAAGGGAGGGGGGGACAUAGGAGAAAGAAAAUAAGCGGCAGAUCAACUGGUCUAAAAAGGAGGUCUAUUUAAAGGCUAGAGUAUACAGAUGAGUUUUAAGGUGAGACUUAAAUGCUUCUACUGAGGUAGCAUCUCGAACUGUUACCGGGAGGGCAUUCCAGAGUACUGGAGCCCGAACGGAAAACGCUCUAUAGCUCGCAGACUUUUUUUGGGCUCUAGGAAUCACUAAUAAGCCGGAGUCUUUUCAACGCAGAUUUCUUGCCGGGACAUAUGGUACAAUACAAUCGGCAAGAUAGGCUGGAGCUAGACCGUGACCUAAUAUUGUAGUAUUUUUUUUAUGAUAUUUUGGUUGACACAAACCAAAAUGUGAUCACUUGGACACUUGACCGAUAUCAUUGUGUUAAAUAAAUCAUUUUGGGCCCAACAUUGAACUUUGUGGGACCCCACAUGAAACCCUC